CUUUCUCUAUGACUGGCAAUAUAAACAGUUCGCCACUGGCCUUGUUUGCGCCUGCCCAAUGCACACCCAAGUGGAUACAAAAUUUUAAACAGAUCUAUUUUGAAAUUGAAUGUGACAAUCACAUGGUACAUUGUAUAACAAUACUACAUGUAUACAGUAUAGGAUACUGAUUCAUUUUUCACUCCCACCGCCAGCAUGAACCACCUCUCAGAGCACGCAGGCCCGACAGGCAGGUCCUCGCUGACCUCAGGUCAACAGUCUCAGGUUGUGGUCAAUCUUUUUGGCAACCAGAAUGCUGUGACAACCAAGUGCAGUAGCUAUCCUCAAGUCAACUCCGACUCUGGAUCUGAAUCAAGUCGACCACCAUCGCCAAAUGGGACACAGAAAGAUGAUCCCCACUACGUGACCACCAAGACCUUGACAUUGCUAGCUCUCUGCAGUACAAAGGCAUUAAUCCCAGUGCGUCUUCUGCUCAUGAUAGUGGAGUUUGCCUGUAAUGAAGUACCAAGUAAUCCUGAUAGUUACCAGUCUCAGAUCGUCAUUAGCUUGGGCUUGAAGUUUAAUCCAUUUCUGCCUCGUAACAAAAAGAAAUGUUUCAAAACUCAAAGGAAAUCUAACCUACUGAGAGAGAUCUUGGGCCAAGGAUGUGCCAAGACAGAUGGCAUAAUAGGUCUUAAGAAGCUUUAUGAGAGAGUCUUUUGUGUAGAAGAUGAUGAGGAAUGGCAUCUUCAGCAGCAGCUGCUGCCUCAUCUGGACAAGUGGUUCUCACUUGUUGAGAAAAAUGAGCUCGGUUGUAUUCUAAGCGCAAACUUCCUAACCAUGUGUCUGCAUGCUUUUGGCAAAUUCCGCUGGACUGGUUGGGAAGACAGACUUAAGAAUCUUUGUGCAAAGUGCCAAGAGAAAUGUAAAGAUGCCCCAGAUAACAAGAGAGAGAGAAUGUUCAGGGAAAUUGGAGAGACCUACCGAAAGCUUUGUAAUUAUAACGAGGCCAAAAGGUAUUUGAGAGAGACCCUUCGCAUCCAUGAAGCAUCAUCUUCAGUUGAUGAGUCGCUUCCCUACCAGAUCAGUCGUAUGCUCUUGGCUAGAUGCAAAAGUGAUAUGGGGGAGUACCAAGAAGCCCACACUUUGAUGAAGGAUUGCCUUAACUCUAAGGCAGUCAAACGCCUGGAAGGGGAGUUUGGUCGGCCCUAUCUCAGAUGUAGGAUGUAUUUUGAAAUGGCUCGAUCUUGUGAAAAGCUUGGGCAGUUUGGUGAUGCAUGCCAAUACUGUACCAAAGCCUUAGAGGGUGACAUGAGGGAGGAGGGGUUUAGAUACCCACAGUACUUGAUGUAUGCUGCCUUCUACAAGGCAAUGUCUGCAAUUGAGGGCAAUGUCUCAGACUUAGAAGCUGUCCUUGAUAGGGCUUUGAGGGACUGUUCCAAAGCAGACAGCAUUCUGAGAGAGAGGCAUGGUGAGGGCCAUCACCACAGGGCACAUGUUCUCUGCAUCCAGGCCAGAAUCUGGCUAAGGUACGACCCUGAAGAGGCAUUCAGACGUGCAAAACGUGCCUGCCAUAUCACCCAGGAGAGAUAUGGUUACGAGCACAACAAAGUUGCCAAAAUGUUUGAUCUCCUUGGUGAUAUCUACAAAGCUCUAGAUGAUAAGGAGAAGGCCUCUAAGGCAUACUGGAUGGCAAAGAACACGUAUAGUGAGAUGAAGCACAGUCGUGCAGGUAAUAUUGAAGAGAAAUUGGCAGAAAUGCCUGAGUUCAGUGCACCCACCCCUGAUUGCACAAAUAGUGAUGUUUUUGAUGAGCUUCUAGACUGAUCUACACAAGGGUACAUUUACUUUAAAAAUCUCUCCUACAAAUUUCUUCUGGAAUCUUGAGAUUAUAAACAGAAUCGACUGCUAGACUACAAUUCCCAAAAGCUCACCAGGAUAUAUCCUGAAUAGCCAACAGUACUCAGAAGAGUAUAAGCAGCUUACAACUAGCCCAUUUAUCAUAGUUAAAAGCAUUCAAUAUGGCUACUAAAUGUUAGGCUCCAGAGGACAGUUUGAUAACAGGGGUGCACCGGACUUGAAUGAGCUUAUGACAGGCAUACAGAUUGCAAUGUAAGUUCACUUUCAAACAGUUGUGUAAAAAAAAAGUACACUGACCUAUGGCCUCAAAAGACCUGGAAUGGAUAAGGACAAUGAUUAUGGAUACUGGCUUUGUUUUGACAUUUCAUACAUUAGUUUGUAUUGCUGUGUAACCCUAAUAGUAGUAGUAGUUUAUUAGUAGUAACCCUAAUGCAUUCCUGAAAAGCAGUUGUUGGAAGGAAGCUACAUUACUGUGUCAUGUUUUAUAAUUUUAAUCUUCUAUAAAGUGCAGACAAUGUAGCAAGCCUGCAGGCUUCUUUUGUGGCAUAUUUUAAUGACUGUGGAUUAAGCAAUUUGAAAGAGAAGAAAAUGUACUCAGAUAUUUACUGUGAAUAAAAUCCCCUCUGCUGGGAUCAAAAUAAACAAACCAUGUAAAUAG